CCGGAAGCUUAGAGUCAGCCACAGACCCGCAUAUCCUUGCUAACCAUCUGCAAAGCAGCUGGGUACAUUAUACUUAACAUCCAUCAUCAACAUACAUCCAUGUAAACCACCAAGACGCGAAUGACCGCCCAGUUUAAGAUCGAGUUCCUUUCAUGAUAUCUUGCGGCCAAUAUAGUACACGGAAAGCCGGUUAGCCAUUACACUAUCAAAAUGGCAUCCUCUAACUCGCCAUUUUCCUUGCGUCCCUGGCCAACCGGCGACAAAAAACCAAAGAAUCUAAGCGAAUUCAUCACGCGCGUCAACGCCGAACGCGGCGGCUUCCGCAACGUGACCGAGGCAAAGCUGCGCGAGGAAAUUGCCGCUCUGGAGGAUGGGCAUAUCGAGGUCGACCGGUCUUCGGACGGAGAGGAGGAGGAGGAGGCUGAUGUGGAUAAGAAUAAUAAUGUUAUGGUCGCGCGAGAAGAAUUCUUGAAGAAUCUAGAAUUCGCCCACCAAUCUGCUAUGCUGGGUCUCGACUUUAUCUCCCUCCUAUGCUCCAAAAACAAGCUGCAUGACCCUGAUAAGCAAAGAGAGACCGAGAAGCGAGAAGAAGCCAUGGCUUCACUCUCCCCUGCGCUGCGAGAACUAGUACCCAUUGGAUCACUAGGAGCUUCUAAGGUGAACGCGUCCAAUAUAACGGAGCCACGCAAACAGGAUGAUGUCGCUGUCGCUACUGGAUGGAGACUCAUGGGUAUUAACAAUACGGUGGAUUCUGUCGUAGCGGCAGCGGAGAAGUUGGAGAAGGACAUGGAACUGGAAGCAAAAUACUGGGCGGACAUAUUGGCUGUCAGCGAAAAUGGCUGGGCAGUCUGCGCCCUGCCUCAUGAACCUCAUACGCUAGGUGUUCGAUUUGGGUUCGCCGAAUCGGCGCCCGAGUUCAGAAAUAGCAGCAUUGCUCCUUUGAGGCGCAAUGGUGACGGGACUGUCCGACUAGAUCUCGGUCAUGUUGGUGGCGGUUCGCAAAGGGUUAGAGUUACGGUGAAGAAGAACGGUAAAAUCGUGGACCAGUCGCCUUUACCCCGACGAACACCCGACGACGCGCCUCUACAAGAUCGAGUGCUCGAGGCUAGAAAUACCGCUUUCCAUCAAGAGCUAUGGUACGAGAUCAAUCGGGAGGCUCGCACUCUCCUGUCUUCGGACGUUUACUCUGAUUCAUCAUGCAUUACUUGGAAACAAGACUCGGAAACGCACAUGAUAUUUACUCUCGAAGAUCUCGCUGAGCCAGAUAAUAAGUACGAGAAUAUCUCCAAUAUUCAUUGUUCGUGCACGGCGUACUAUGUCUACAUGCAGUUCCUCCUAUUUCAAGGACAUAGACAAAACUACCACCGACGCACUACAAUGACUCAGCUCCCGCCCAACCGCGGGGUCCUAAAUCAGCCGUAUACUAUCAUCCGUGCUGUGGUCGCGAAUAGCGAGUACUUUAGGGACGGCCAAGUCGUGUCUAGCUUCCUGGAGGAUUUAGUUCUCACUUUGAAACGCGCUGGAAUUUCAACAGCCGCGUGUAAAUCAGCCUCCCAACCGCUCUCCCCAACCCUCAUGCAGGGCAACUCGACCCGUCGGAACGCGAAGAUGGAGCUUAGCUUCGUCAAUCACCUCGUGGGUCGCCUCGAAUCCUUGUUCGAGCUGACUAUUACGCCAGAAGCCCGGAUAUUCGCUCGUGGCCACAUCGUGAUCGUGCCACAUAAUGGGAUGGUCUUCCGCAUUUCCCUAGUCCCGUUUCCUCCUCAGAACAGCGGCGGUGAGAAUAGUAAUAAUAACGCAUCGGCAAGCUCUGGAGAGAAGGAGAAGGAACCACCAAACCCCUUAGAACACAUGUACCCACCAUAUGACCAGUAUCCCAACGCGAAGGAAGCCACAUACUAUAUUCGACAAGCGGCAACCCGCGCCCUGGCGCUGAAGUUGACCGAAGAGGCUAGAGAAAAGUUGCACGGGGAUGAUAUAGACUUCACGGAGACCAUUCGAGGCCCAGGCGUGACAGGCAGUGAUGAUAAGGAUGCUCGUGUCGACAUCACGGAAGACGCUGACGGACGGCUAGUCCUAAGUCUCGAGACGCAGUGGCAAGCGGCCAGGAAUAUCGCGAGCCGCCGAUGGACUUGGAGAGCGGAUCGUGAUGAUGCGGGAGGAGAGACUAUUACAGAUGUCGUGAUCAAGGCCAUGCAAGGACACCCGGCACUCUAGGCAAGUGUAACGGAGAGCCGGGCAUUUUGAUAAUGGAUCUUUAUCCCAUUCACGGGACGAAACCUCGAUGCUGGGGGAUGUAGAAGAGAGGUCCCUUUUUAGAGGGCCUUUAGAGCGGUUCUCUUCGUGGCUGCUUCUGCUUAGUGUUGUCGAAGGGACUUGUGUAGCCCUACUGCUUUAGCACUUAGGUAUAUUGCAAUGGCGUAAAGUUAGGGGUUUGGAAGUUUGACAAGUCUGGAAGCCCGAAUCGUAGGCUUGAUGAUUGGGAUUAAU